AUGGCCGACGACCAACCCCCGAUCAUCAAGUCCGAGAACGAGCGUUUAGGGAACCACGCCCCCGCCAACCCUGUUAACCUUCCCGCCAAAGCAUCCGCUUCCGAGCUUGUCGCUCCUCUUGCCCCCUCAAGCAACUCCCCCCACACCUCUGACCACACCUCUGACCAUACCUCUGACCAUACCUCUGACCACACCGUCGCUCAGGCCCAGCCCCACGCCAACCCCACCACUCAUGUCGAUGACCACGCCAGCUCCACCACCACGGCCGCUCAUGCCAAGGACUUGAACGGCCUCUCCUCUCCCUCUUCGCACCACCACGCAAGGAACAACCUCUCGUUCGCUCCCAAGGACAAUCUGUACGAGAUUGACAAUGCGCCUGCGGACAAUCCUGCCUCGUUGGCGGGCAUUGCACCCACGACCAGCGGCACGAAUGAGGGCUACUCCAUCUACUCCAACGUCAAGGACGGCAAGGUCAGUAUCGAGCACCAGAUCGAGAUCAACGUCGUCGACUUGUUCGAUGUCCAAAGCAACAAGGACAUCUCCUUGGAAGAAGUCAUGGACAGUCUCCGUUAUGUCAUGGAGUAUCGUAUCAAGGGCGGACGCUACCCUACCCUCGAGUAUGACAUCAUGAAACGUCUUGCCGAUGGUCUGCUCAUGAACAUGGGCCACUCUGAGAAGAAGCGCAAGAUUCGCUUGACAGAGGAGGCCGAUGUUGCCUUCCAGCUCUUUGGAGAGUUCUUGCUCGAAGAGUUCCGUCAGGCCGUCGGUGAGAAAUCCGUCUCGGAUCUCCGUUUUGCCCUCAAGCUGGAUGUCCGUUGUGGUUCUUCUUCAACUGAACAACAGCAGCAGGCUGCUGUCGCUUUGAUCGCCCUCCUGACCACCAUUUACCCCCAGUUCUCUGACUGGCGCGAGUUGGUCAAGGGCCAGGCCCAUCCUGAGGUCCAAAAGUGCAUGAAGCAGCACGCUGACUUUGUCAAGGCCGAAAAGAUGCCCGAGUUGGGCGGUCUUAUUCUCGCACCCCAAGCCCUUUGCUUCGAUCGCAGGAUCAAGAGAUGUUUGAAGAUGUUCAGGACUUCAUUGGAGACCGGUCUGCCUUCGGAGGCCAUUCCCGCUUUGCAGGAGCAUUACGGACGCAACAUUCUCCCUCAGCCUCCAAACCCCUCGAUCGCCAAGAUGAUCCUGGCCCAAUUCACCGACUUUAUGAUUUUGCUCCUCUUGGCUGUCGCCAUCUUGCUGGCUGCCAUUGGGGAGUACAUUUCUAUGGCAGUCCUGUUGAUUGUCGUCGUUCUCAACGCCAUCAUCGGUUUCACUCAGGAGUACAAGGCUGGGAAGGCUCUGGAUGCCCUAACCAAGCUGUCGGUCCCCGUCGCCCAGGUUCUUCGCGAUGGAAUGACCUCAAUGAUCAACUCUGAGGAGCUCGUCCCUGGUGAUAUUGUCAUCCUCGAGGAGGGUGAGUCCGUUCCUGCCGAUUUGCGUCUCGCCGAGGUCUCCCAGUUGGAGAUUAUCGAGUCCAUCUUGACUGGAGAGUCCGUCGCCGUGAACAAGGAUCCCAAGGAGAUCAAGACCUUGACCCGCAAGUUGCCCCUUGGUGACUGCAAAGGUAACGCCUUUAUGGCCACUGUUGUCGCCAAGGGUCGUGGAAAGGGUAUUGUUGUUCGUACUGGCCAUUUGACCGAGAUGGGAAAGAUUAGUGCUGCCAUCGCUGGUGCCCCAAAGAUCUUGACUCCCGUCCAACAAAAAUUGGCCAAGCUCGGAAAGCUGUUGGUCGUCUUUGCUCUCGUCCUUUGUGCCGUCAUGGCUGGUAUCCAGGUAGCUUAUAUUAAGAAGCGCAACCCUCCAGGCUACCGUGCCAAAGCGGUCAGAGAUGCCAUCAUCACCGCUAUCAGUUUGGCUGUUUCUGUCAUUCCUGAGGGUUUGGUCGCCGUUACAACUGUCACUAUGGCUAUGGGAGUUCGUCGUAUGGCCACCCGCAAGGCUAUUGUCCGUACCCUUCCUGCCGUCGAGACCUUGGGAAGUGUCACCUUUAUCUGCUCCGACAAGACCGGAACGUUGACCGAGGGUAAAAUGGGUGCUGCCGAGCUCUGGACCAGUGACGGUGUUGCCUAUGGAUUCACCGAGAGCACCAGUUUGGACCCCAACAAGGGUGAUGUUACCAUGAAGAUCAAUACCGGGGAGACCCAGGUGAUGGGCAAGACGCUCGAACAGGUCCCAGCUCAGAUGCUUAUUUCGUUGAUGGUCUCGUCUCUCUGCAACAACUCUUCCGUCGUCCAAAAGGACACUGAUGAGGUCUCUGAGGCCAGCGCCGUCGCCGUCGCCGUCUCUGCCGAAGAGAAGCCUGUCGAUACCCCUGCCAAGUCUGCUGAGUGGAAGGGUGUUGGAGACCCCACCGAGGUUGCCCUGGUCGUCGCUGCCCAGAAGGCUGGUUUCCCCAAGUCCUACUUCCACGACUUGGGUUAUACCCGUAUCUAUGAGCAGGCCUUUGACAGUGAACGCAAGGUCAUGAGUGUCGUCUACAAGGCCCCAAUGAAUCGCGAGGAUGACAAGGGAGAUCACUUUGAGUUCGUUCUUGCCAAGGGUGCUCCUGAGGAAAUCUUGAAUCGCUGUGUCGGCUACCUGCCUACUAUCGGAGCCGGAUCCCUUCCCUCGCCCAUGGAUGUCCUCAAGGCCCACGAGCACGAUUUGGCCCUGCCUGUUACCGAGGAGUUCUACGAUAGCGUCACCGAGGCUUCGGGCCGCAUGGCCGACAACGGUCUCCGUGUCUUGGGAUUGGCGUACAAGAAGGUCAAGGUCAACGGUGGUGGUGCUGUUUCCUCAGAAUUGGGCGAUGGUCUGGACCACAUCAACAACAUCAAGGAUAAGAAGGAAGCCCCUGCUUCGACCUUGAAGCCCACCAAGUUGGACAUGAUUAUUGCCGCCAACGCCCAGCAGGACGAUGACGACGAUGAGGAAAUCCCCCCAGGCUAUGCCGAGAACGAAUUGGUCUUCCUUGGUAUGAUCGGCUUGAUCGACCCUGCCCGUGCUGGUGUCAAGGAGAGUGUCCGUAUCUGUAAGGAGGCCGGUAUUACCGUCGUCAUGAUUACCGGUGACCAUAUUAAGACUGCGUCUGCCAUUGCCAAGGAACUCGGAAUCUUGGAGGAGGGUGGUCGUGCCAUUAAGGGAGAGGAACUGGAUCUCUUGUCUGAGCAGGCUAUUGCUGAGCUCAAGCCCUUCCCUAACGUCUUUGCCCGUGUCUCGCCCGACAACAAGUUGAAGCUCGUCACUGCCCUUCAGAGCCGUGGUGAAUCCGUCGCCAUGACUGGUGAUGGUGUCAACGAUGCCCCUGCUAUCAAGGCCGCCAACGUCGGUGUUGCUAUGGGUAUUGCGGGAACAGAUAUUACCAAGCAGGCCGCCGACAUUGUUUUGUCGGACGACAACUUCAACACCAUCGUGGUUGCUGUCGAGGAGGGUCGUCGUGUGUUUGAGAACAUUCUCAAGUUCAUUGUCUACCUUUUGAGCUGUAACUGUGCCGAAAUCUUCCUGUUCUUGCUCUGCGCCGCCAUCGGCGAGGAGCUUCCCUUCACCGUUGUCAUGAUUCUUUGGGCCAACAUUAUUGCUGACGUCCCUCCUGCUAUGGCUCUUGGUGUUGAACCUGCCGAGCCUGGUUUGAUGAAGCGCGAGCCCCGUUCCGCCAAGCGUGGUAUCGUCACCAAGGCCUCCUUUGCCGUCAUCAUCUUCCAGUCCUUGAUAAUGACGUUGAUGACCUUUGGUGUCUACAUGAUGAGCGAUCGCGGGGAACCCACCGACCCCGGUUACAAGGACGCCGAACGCUAUGCUCAGGCUGAGGCCUUCAGCGUCUUGACCUCGCUCCAGUUGCUCCAGGGCUUCUUGUCGCGUACUAUGUGUACGUCGGUCUUCAGAAUCAACCCUUUCAGCAACCGCUGGAUGAUCGCCGGUGUUCUCCUCAGUUUCGUCCUCAUGAUCAUGGGUAUCUAUGUCAACGGAUUGAACGAUAUCCUUCAGUUGCAGCCCAUUAAUGGCAUGUCCUGGGUCAAAAUUGUCGUCUGCUGUGCUAUCUUGAUCGUCUUGAGUGAGAUCGAGAAAUUGAUCCUUCGCAUCACCAAGGUCGUCGUCUAA